AUGAACGCUACGAAAUUUUUCGGCGUCAAGCGCGCCUGGGGUACAUCCUCAGAGCAAGAGACCGACGAACUCCUGAAGAUGGCCGCCCACAUGAGCCAAGAACCACCGCUCAAGCGUCCGCGCCUCGUCAAGCUCGAGAAGGACGACUUCAUCACCAUCACCCCCUGCUGGUCGACACGUCUCUCCGACGUCCAGUACAAACGCACUGAAAACGAAGUCGAUAAGAACUGCAAGCUCGUAAAGCAGUCAGACAGGGAUCAUGCCGUGGACUCCGAGGCGCUGCGCCGGAGGAACUUUUACAGCGAUUUGCCCAAGCCUACUAUGGUGCCCAACGCGGUGCUUCCCCACAGGAUCUGGGCGUUCACGCCCGAGUCCCAUGAGGGCGGGGUCGCCCAUAUCAAGGUCGCGAGGCAGGCGAAGAACGGCUACCCGAAGCAGUGGGUGUUGUUCAGCCUCCUGAGGGACAGGCUCAGCAAGGAGAUGGAGCCACUGAGCCACAUGCUGGUCCGCGAUACCGGUAUGCAGUUCUCGAACGCCGCGGAUCGUAUUCCGGAGGUCGAGAUCGACACAGUCGACGAGACGCCUGAAGACUGGGAACUGAUGUGCCGUGUCCUGUUCAGGCCCGAUGUCAUCACGGCACAAGCGCAUCACUGGGACGAUAUCGGCCGUCUCCUCGAGCUCUCGCGCAAAUACAACUGUCUCAGCCUCCGCCACGCCGCCGUGCACUUCCUGAGCACCGCCUUCCCCACCACGUUCAAAGGCUACAAGAACCGCGACACAGACGAAAGGAUGCUCGACAAGAUCUUGGGCCUUCCGCUCUACUGGCAGGCCGAGGCCCUCCUCCGUUUUGCGCUCCCUUACCGCCUAAUGGAGCUGCUCCCGAUGAUCCGUUUCGAAGUCGUGGCGAGGCACACUAUCGAAGAGCUGAUCCUGGGCUGGCCGGAGAACGAGGGGCGUCCCGCGAUGCAAGUGCCCGACGACGAGCUGCAGAGGCUGUUGAAGGGCCAGGAGGCGCUCCUGCACAUGCGCCGCCGCUACACUCUCGCGCCGCUCGUCAACAUCUCCCGCGUCGACCCCGUGCGCAUCUCGUGCACGCACACAAACGACGGAUACUCCUGCCAUCACGCACUCGCGCUCCUCGCCGACGAGCUCUUGAAGAACGAGAAAGCCUGGACGGAGAAGUACGCGCUGCACUCACUGGACGGGCGCAUCUCGCGGUUGAUGAGGCCGUACGUGUGCACGAACUGUUUCACCGCACUCAAGAUCAAGCUCGCGGCGGCGCAGAGGCAGGCGUGGAAGUUGGUGCCGACGGUCUUCGGUAUGGGUUCGUGGUACGAAGUCGAGAUGCGCGCGAAGAACGUUCUGUCGGCCGACUACGAGUGGUGGCUGAAUAAGGAGAAGGCAAUCCAGGAAAUCGACGAGCGCGAGUUGGCGGCGAUGGGAGUAGCGCUGACACCCAGCGAGAAGAAGGAGCAGGAGCACUGGAUGGGCGUGAACAACGCGAGCAAGUUGGUGCUCCCUAACUUGCGAUACCUGGAGCGUAUGAUGGGGCGGGAGCGUAAUGCGCUCGCUCAGGAGGACAGGUUGCAUGCAGCAUGGUUACUGGCCACAGCACGCAAUGAAACCGCCCCCAAGCCUGCCGUGCAUAUCCCGCAGUCCUUCGCCAAUGGGUUCGUGACGGGAGCUAUCAACGGAAACCCGAACUUCGUCGUUGGUGAUGCGCCUGACGCGGCAAAUGACAUCGAUGCGCCAGGCGAUAAUGGCGAUGUUCAAGAGGCUCUGGCGGCGGGUGCGAUAGGCAACGUCGAGAAUGGAGGAGCGCAGGGUGUCGAGGCAGACCAGGGCUUUUUCUUGGAGGAGGGAGAGCAGUUGUUGGGAGGAGACGGAGAGUGGGAAGAUGCUGGCGAGGAGGCGCCUGUCGGUGAAGACGCGGAGGAGGUCGACGAGUAG